GGGGCGGGCCCGGCCGUCAGCUGACACCGCCCUGUCACGGGACGGCGGGUUGAGGAGAGUCCGUUUCGCUGCUGCCGCUUUCGGUCAUGCUGCGGCUCCUGUUCCCGCUGGCCGCCUUGUCGGCGCUUCUCCGGGCAGCGACUAUACCCCAGAGGAGUUUUGGGAUUGAUUAUGACUGUGGCUGCUUUGUCAAGGAUGGGGAACCUUUCCGUUACAUCUCAGGUAGCAUUCACUACUCACGAGUGCCCCGGUAUUACUGGAAAGACCGCUUGUUGAAGAUGAAAAUGGCAGGACUUGAUGCCAUUCAAACGUAUGUGCCAUGGAACUACCACGAACCCCAGCUGGGCGUGUAUGAUUUUUCUGGUGACAAAGAUCUGGAGUAUUUCUUGCAGCUUGCUAACGACACUGGUUUGCUGGUUAUCCUGCGAGCUGGACCUUACAUCUGUGCAGAAUGGGACAUGGGAGGUCUUCCUGCAUGGCUGUUGGAGAAGAAAUCUAUUGUUCUCAGAUCUUCUGAUUCAGAUUACCUGGCAGCAGUAGAGAAAUGGAUGGGUGUCCUUUUGCCAAAGAUGCGGCCUCACCUCUAUCACAAUGGAGGUCCAGUCAUCAUGGUGCAGGUAGAGAAUGAGUAUGGAAGCUACUUUGCUUGCGACUAUGACUAUCUGCGUUCCCUUCUGAAGCUCUUUCGCCAGCAUCUUGGGGAUGAGGUGGUGCUGUUCACAACUGAUGGUGCAAGCCAGUUUUACUUGAGAUGUGGAGCUCUUCAGGGUCUUUACGCAACAGUGGACUUUGCUCCAGGUGGCAAUGUCACAGCAGCAUUCUUAGCUCAAAGGAGCAGUGAGCCUACAGGCCCUUUGGUUAAUUCUGAGUUUUAUACUGGAUGGUUGGAUCACUGGGGGCACCGUCAUUCUGUUGUGCCCGCACAAACUGUAGCUAAAACACUUAAUGAAAUCCUGGCACGUGGUGCUAACGUUAACCUGUACAUGUUUAUAGGUGGGACUAACUUUGCCUAUUGGAAUGGUGCUAAUAUGCCCUAUAUGCCACAGCCCACUAGUUAUGACUAUGAUGCUCCACUGAGUGAAGCGGGGGAUCUCACAGAAAAAUAUUUUGCCUUGAGGGAAGUCAUUGGUAUGUAUAAGCAGUUACCAGAAGGUCUUAUCCCUCCGACAACACCUAAAUUUGCAUAUGGGAAGGUUCGCUUGCAGAAGGUGGGCACUGUGGUGGAGGUUCUUGACACGCUGUCACAUGAGGGACCAGUGAAAAGCACUUACCCAUUAACCUUUGUUCAGCUAAAGCAGUAUUUUGGGUUUGUACUGUACAGAACUACGCUUCCAAAAAACUGUACGGAGCCAACACAACUGUCUUCAAUUUCAAAUGGAGUCCAUGAUCGUGCCUAUGUCUCUGUUGAUGGGGUUCCUCAAGGUGUCCUUGAAAGGGGCAAAUCACUUACAAUAAAUAUAACUGGGAAGGCUGGAGCAAAUCUGGACAUCUUGGUAGAGAACAUGGGCCGAGUCAACUUUGGUAGAUACAAUAAUGACUUUAAAGGUCUAGUUUCAAAUUUAACUCUUGAUGAAGACAUACUUGUUGAAUGGGAAAUGUAUCCUCUAGACAUAGAUGGAGCAGUGAACCGUGACAUUAAUGGCCAUGUUGACCUACCAAAGAGAUCUGUUGGCAAUCCACUGAGUUAUGAAGCACCUACUUUUUACACUGGUAGACUGUCAAUUCCUGGAGGGAUUCCAGACUGGCCUCAGGACACCUAUGUCAAGUUCCCUGGCUGGACAAAGGGACAAAUUUGGAUCAAUGGCUUUAAUCUUGGUCGCUACUGGCCGGCCCGUGGUCCUCAGCUGACCCUUUUCGUUCCCAGGAAUAUACUUGUUUCAUCGGUGCCAAACAACAUAACAGUGUUGGAGCUGGAGUGUUCUCCUUGCAGCACCCGAGCAUGCGAGAUAGAAUUUGUAGACAAACCUAGUAUCAAUGCAACAACACAGUAUGAAAAUGAUGCCCCCCAACUCUUUGUUAGAGACACGUGGCUGAACCAUCUAUAAUAAUUUGAGUAUUUUCUUAUCUUCCCCCAAUUUGCUUCCCUUUUCCUCAAACCAUACUUCCCUUUUUUAAAGACUCAGUGUUUAUCAGUAAGUUGUUUAGCUGAGGCAACUUCUUAAAUUCCUCAAAUUCCUGCCAGAUUUAAAUACUGACAUUCUCUGAAAAAAAUAAAAGCUCUAGCUUUAGAAUUUGCUUUGGACUGUAAAAUUUAACUCAACUGGAAGAUAAUGUUCCUAUCAGUCUAGUAAAAAUGUAGUCCUUGUAGCAGCUUAUAUUACAGGAACCGUCGUACGCUUUUCUUUUUUUACCAUGUUUUGCAACUGGAGAGGAGCCUGCAAAAGGAGUGCACAGUCUCGCUAGCUUGCUGUUUAUUCACAUGGGCUGGUAGGUCAGAGCUGCCAAGAGACUAGACGCUUUCAGCUGAUUUUAUCAUCUGGUUACUAUCAGUAGUCUGAAGAGGCUCACUGCCAAUGUUGGGCAGACCUCAAUUUUUUCACCCCUGUGCAAGUGACCUUAGAAAAAUUUCUAUUGGUUUCUCACAGGAGCAGUGAGAAGAACUGUGAAAGAAAGCACUGAAAUACAAGCUGGUCCGAACAGGAGUAGUGUGGAGGCACCUUGUAGUCCGCGUCUGUCCCCUCUUGGAAAGCCAAUUUACUGCUUCCCAACUUAUGCUAUCUUUGAAGACUUUAAGUUGAUAAGUACAAGGACUAUGUAAAACUUAGGCUGUUUUGGUUGGACCAUAGCCUCUGAUUAACCUGCCUGCAGAAUUUAGUCUUAAAAUGAGCCACAUUUCCUUUUAAUGGAUCCUAUUUAUUUUCUCUUUUUUUUUUUUUUCUCUCCACUUUAAUGGACUUGGAGUACUUGUUUUUCAUAGGCCAGCACCUUGGAAGUGGAAGGCUAAAGUUAAAGAACUUUAGUUCUCUUUUAGUCAUUAAUUCACAUCUUCUAUUUUGUUCCAGUAAAUUGAUGAUUUUUGUAAGGGCCUGGUAUUUGCAAAGAUGGGCAAUCUCUGUCAGUAAAACUGACUUUCUACAAUAGACUGAGUUGUCUCAUUGAUUCUAAUGGGUUUGGUGUCAAUCAUGCAAACUCCUUGGUGAGAUUUAAACAACAAAAGAUUAAGAUAAUGGAAUCAAGUAUUUUCAUAAUCUGUGGUUUGUUUCUUUGAUUUUUGUCUGAUAUUAUUAAAAUGGUUCUUUAAAGAUUAAAUCCUCCCUGUGCUUGCUUGGGAAGGGAAAAAGGGGAUGAGGUAGAGUUAUGAGGAGUUACAGCAUAAGGGAGAAAUGAGGUUGUAAAGUCUCUAUGGAGAAGCAGUUCUUCUUGGUGUCUCAUUUGUUUUCUGUGGUAUGAAGAUUUGUGCAAAGUAAAGCAAAACAAAGUAGUUGUGACAGGCUGUGUGGACCCCAGAGGUGCCACCCUUUUCUGAGAUGGCCAAUGCAAAAACUUAUUUCUUCUCAGCUGAUAAGGACUACUACUGUCACCUGAGGAGCGAGCGAAAAGGACCACCACUCCCUUGAGUAUCUACAUCUCUGCUAUGUCUGAUGCGUAUGAUGGGCUUUCAAACCAGACACAUGUGGUUUACCUGAGCCAGAGAGCUGCUACUCUUUAAAUUCUCACCUCACAUGCAAAAUCUAAUGGCUGGGGACUGUGUGUUCAGUACCUGACACACUUCAUUCUUGGAAUAAAGUGGUCUGCCCUGACCCUAAAUUUUUUUUUUUUUUUUUUUCUUGGCACAGUCCCUAUUCAGACCCUGGAACAUGCUCUGCAGUCGGUUUAUUAUGAAGUAUUAAUUACCUCAGAGCCAGGCCUUGAAUGUAAGGAAUGGAACAGAGUUAGUUUCAUACCGGUUGUGGGUUUUGUGGCUUGAAGUGUGCAGAAUGACAGUACUAUUUAGGUAUUAUUCCUACAACAGUUCAGUGUUUUAACAGCCAGGAGUAUUUUUAAUUUUUAUGGCAGUUAAGUGCUGUGAGGGGAGUGGAACUCCUGGCGCUCAUUCUGACUUCAUUUUGUUUUACGUCGUAGUUGUGAAAAUGUAGUGUAAUUGAUGAGACUUCACUUUUUGCCACAACUCUGUAAUAUUCCAAGCAGAAAGGCUUUGCAUCAAGGAUUACAAACAUGCAUCUGGUUAGAUAUAAGACUAACAAGAACAACAUGAAAAAAAAAGAGCGUAAGGUUUUUCAAGUAGGGCUUAGAUAGCUUGAUUAACACACCGGCGUGUUUUCUGCUUUCAGUGAAGUGUUCUCUUGUUUACAGAAAGGAACUGAAAGUUGAAGCCCUGAUUCCUAAUUCUGAUCUACCUACAUGAAAACACUGCUAGAGGUUGCCAAGCAGUGCAGUAUUUAUUUGAGUAUGCAGAAGGGAGGCCUCUGUGGCACAGGGCCUCCACAGUACAGCGCUACUAAGAAGAACCUGUUGCCGCUUGCUGCUGCUUUACCCAAGGAUGCGUCUGUAGGUGCUGCAGGAGGGUGUUCUGCCCUGUAAAUGUCUCAUACUGGGUUGCUGUGCCCACACCACUGCUGAUGCUAUGUGGCUGGGGCUUACCCUAGGUUUCCUAGCUUUGGCGUGCAGUCCUCCUCAGACCAAGUAUAUGGUGCAAAAUGGGACCGCUUUGUCAUUUUGCUCCUUUGCAGUCUUGAGCAGGUCAGUUGUUUUAAUCUAUCCUCAAAUGUGGUUCUAUCGUCUGUGUCCAGGGGUAGAAAUGAAAUCAGCAGAGAACCUUCUGACUGAAGACCAAAUGCAUAGGAGAAGAGGGGUGUGAGGAUUUAGCUGGCUCACCUUGACCAAGUUUCAAUUUGGAUUUGAAGGCCAUGAUGUGAAACCAUUGUCAGACCCCUGGUUAGUAUCUGCAGUGUAGCUGUGUGAUCUGUUCCAGAUGCUGGAACUCCAUGGGAUGGUCUGUCUGGAGCCAGCUUCUACUGAAGGCGUGGCAAGAAAGAAUGUUCCUAAUGCUAAAAUUGUGGCUCCUCAAAUGCUCCCUCCUGCCUGUCCUUGGGAAUUUGGAAGUACUUUGCUGGCACAGUGUUCCCUGCCUUCAGCAGACCAGUGCAAACCCGGUGUUUGGUCAGAAUUAGUGUGUAAAGAGAAGUGGAGAUGUUACACUGGUCCCAGCUGGAAGGUAGGUGUGAUCUUUACAGUUCUGUAGGGGAGCGCCAUUUCAAAUCUGCACCUAGAGUGUAGCUGUAGAGGCUCAGCUUAGCACAGAUGGGGUUUUUUCAGCCAUGGAGUGAGGUUUGUAAGCUUAGACUGUAAUACUGCCUGCCCAUGAAUGAAGGCCUUUUAAAUGUGAUUACUUGGGAUGAAUGAGCAAAUAGGUGAACAUGAACUGGUGAAUAGUGUGCAGUAUAUAGUUGAAUUCUCUUUCUUAAUCUACGUACAAGACUAGUCUUAUAUUCAUAAUAUAAUUCUCUUCCUAAGUGUUGACCAAAAUUUCAGUCCCUGAAUCACUUGAAACUUGACCGUGUCCAUGCCUCUUUAGACUCACCAUGCCCUUCGUAAUUCACCUGUGCAGGUAGUUCUCCCUGUCUUUCUGCUCUCCCAUCUCUCUGGGGAUUCCACAGUGCCUGUGGCUUUCUUUCGCUGUUUUUUGAUGAAAUACUCGUUUCUUUGCACAGUUUGAAUGCUUACGUGAGCCUGGCUCUAAAAAUAGUCCUCCCAAGUGGACAGCAAACCCUAUCCACCUGACAAAUGUGUCAGGCAUUCAGAAAUGGCAAUUACAGAAGAAUCCUGUGUUUCACAGUGUGCUCUGAAGGAGCUGAUACUGGAUUAUCCAGGCUGAGAAGGCAACCUGUUAACAAAACACUAAGUUUGGACUGCAAAGGGAAGAAAUAUACUCUCUUUGGAUGGAUUUGGUCACUUUGAUAUAGUUGGAUGACUGACUAGACUGUUGCAGUCCCCUUCUAAUCUCAUUUCAGAUAUAUUGAGAUCACUGGGAACAGUAGCAUCUCUCCAUGUGUAAAAUGGAUAUCCUGACAGUUUUCCUAGGAUGCUCUUCCUGGAAAUCCAUCCAUAUUUGAGCAAAUAGCUCGCAGUGCUGACAGAUCCUAACCAGAGCCUCUGUCAGCAGCUUAGUUAUUUACUGGGCAUUGUUGCCUCUGUAUCAGCAGGAAACUACUUGAAAAUGUUUUUCUGUUACAUGGCUUUGCAAUCACUCAUCUUCUUCCUUUUUUUUUUUUUUUGCUUGCAAAUGCUCUAGCAUAACUUCCCAAAGGAACUGCUGAUUAAUGUGCAGUCCCCACAUUUUUGGUUUAAUCUCUUUUUGCAUGUAUCUUUUCCAGACUGCAGACAGCAUUUUAACAGGUAAUAAAAGAUGAAAGGUUUGUGAGAGAUGAUCUAGCCCUAUGCCUCUCUUUCUGAAGCCAAUGUUAUCUGUGUCUAAAGUAUUCCCAGUGUAUUUGUGUAACCUGUUCUUCACAGUUUCCUGUGAUGGAGACCUCACGCUUCCCUAGGCAAGCUCUUCCAGUGUUAGGAAGCUUGUCAACAGCUAAUGGAAGUCUUCAUUGCUGCAUGCACACCAGUCACCAGUUUCACUGUUCACAGCCAACAUGAAGUAUGUCUUUGUGCUCUAAAACUGUUUCGUGCCCUCUCUGUUAUCUUCUUACCUCCCUGAUGGACUGGAUUUACAGAAAUUUUAAGAGGUGCAGAGCAACAUGGAGAAGACUCAUCAAGGAUGUGAAAGGAUGGUGAGGUCCUGAAUGACCUGGUCCAGGUGCUGCAGCAGCUUUAUUUGAAAGAAAUUACUGAGUUGCCAGAAAGCUGUCUUGCAGGCCAGGACUUAAAAGCAUGGUAGCCAGCCUCAAGGUCCUGUCUGGAAGAUUUCAUGACAAAGGGAACUGGAAGCUACAGAAGAAUGAUGUCUAAUGGUUCUCCGUCAAUGAGAAGGCAAAACUGUGCAGGAAGAGAUGAUCUUGAGACUUGAUGCAAAGGGCUGAGUGGAAAAACGUUGGAAAAGAUGUCAUGGGGGAUCUUUGUCAUGCU